AUGUUUACUUACAACCUCCUUUUCGUCGCCCUGAUCAAUGCAUUCCUAGCCAAUAGCACCCCAUUGGAAUCCACGUGUUACAAUGAUGUGGUUACGACCCCCAAGGCGUGUGGGAUAGCGCUGGGAUUUAUCGCUUACGAUCAUGAGGGAGACAUCCUUCCUUUAAAUGAAGACUCGGUAAAACUCAUCGGAGAGAGCUGUAGUUUGGUCGUCAGCAAGCCAAUGAGUGCCCGUGUGACCCGGAAACAAGUUGAGAAUGCAGUUGGGAGUCUUUUCAAGCUCUGCCCACACGGGGGCGGUCGGAUUCCUUUGCCAGAUAACCCGGCGGUCACCAUGGAGAUCAGAGGGCGUGCCCCACCUGAUUCGGAGUGGGCGGCGUACAAUCCAGAUUACCCUUAUGGUGAACCUUACUGUUAUACCAAGCAUGGAGCACCCGAUCAAGUAGCAGACGACUGUUUGAAGGCCUUUGAGCAGGUUCCUGUCGAUUCAGAUGGUCGUAUCACUGAUGCUAACAAAAUAAGGAUCAAGUCGCUCGAGGUGGUCUUCAACUCAUGCGCGGUGAGAAUCUUCACAAACGAUGGCUCCAAUAUUAACCUGGUGAAGGAGCAAGCUUCUGUAAGCUUUGGAGACAUGGUUAGAAAAUGUGAUAAACAGCAGGGCUUCCUCAAUGUGGAUGGAACAGAGGGACCCAACGGAAGAGUAAUGAUUAAGACGUUUCAUUCAUAAUCACUCUAGAAGAGGAA